UGAAAGAACAGAUGGACAGGAGAAUGGGGAGGAGAAGGAGGAGGAUGUUGCGAGCUGGGUCACUGUCAGGAUGCAGGGUGAUGUGAGGAGGCUGUUGGCUGAUCAGCGAGAUGAGGAAGAGGAGUUUUACAGCAUGAUGCUAAAGAGGCCUCAAGAUAAUUUCAGUAACAACCACCCAGCUCUAAAAUCUCCCAUCCUGGUCCGUGGUCCUCGCAGAAGGUCCGGAGACAGUUUGGACACGUUCAGCCGGCAUUUUGAGAACAUCAUGGAGUCACACCGUGCCAAGGGCACCUCCUACAGCAGUCUGGACAGUCUCGACCCUCUGACCUCUAGCACUCAAACUGUCCUGACCUUUGACCUCCCCACACUGACUCCACAGGUGCUGGGUCAGAUCUACCAGAGCGCUUGGCAAAUCGUGGAGCUCAGCUUUGCGCCAUUGGCACACGUAGAGAUGCCCAGCCUGUCAGAGUCUGCACUGACGAUAACAGGGGAUACGGAUGCCACACGGGCACCAUCCAGCGAACGUCUCAGCAGCGGGUCCGACGACCGCAACGGACAAAGCUGGCAGAGCAACCCACCACUUUCACUGCCCAGAGAGAAAUCUCCUCGCUUUGCUGCGGACCCAGAUUUGGAUCAGGAGCCGAGCGAGCGUUUGGGUUUGGGCAGUAAUGACACUCUCAGUAACGGUAACCGCGCCGAUCUGGACUCUGCCAAACGUCUGGCCAAGCGGCUCUUCAACCUCGACGGCUUCAGGAAGUGCGACGUUGCACGUCAUUUGAGUAAAAACAAUGACUUCAGUCGCCUGGUGGCAGAGGAAUAUCUGCGCUACUUCAAUUCUACUGAAAUGACUUUGGACCAAGCACUAAGGGCAUUUCUGCUAGAGUUUGCUCUGACCGGUGAGACGCAGGAGAGAGAGCGGAUCUUAGCACACUUUUCCCGUCGAUAUGUGCAGUGCAAUUCAUCUCUCACGCUAUCUGAAGACUGUGUCCACACGCUGACCUGUGCUCUUAUGCUGCUCAACACAGACCUGCACGGCCACAAUGUUGGCAAGCGAAUGUCCUGCACUCAGUUCAUCGGGAAUCUGGAAGGACUAAACAGCGGCCAUGAUUUUCCUAAAGAACUCCUUAAGGCCCUGUACAACUCUAUUAAAAAUGAAAAGCUGCAGUGGACAAUCGAUGAAGAAGAGUUGCGCAAGUCGUUCUCGGAGCUGGGUGAGCAGCGAGGAGAGUCUAACUCCAGAGAAGUGAAGCAGACGGCCUGCGGCUUCCUUACUCCGUCCGGAGCGCUGCUCUACAAAGCCGGUUUUCUGGUGAGGAAGGUCCACGCAGACUGUGACGGGAAGAGAACACCUCGUGGAAAAAGAGGAUGGAAAACAUUUUAUGCUGUUCUUAAGGGACUCAUCCUUUACCUGCAGAAAGGUGAGUAUCAGCCAGAUAAACAGUUAUCGGAUGAGGAUUUGAAGAAUGCGGUGUCUAUUCAUCAUUCCCUGGCCAUCAGAGCCACAGACUACAGCAAACGGCCAAACGUGUUUUACCUCCGGACCGCUGACUGGAGAGUCUACCUCUUUCAGGCCCCGAAUGCUGAACAAAUGCAGUCUUGGAUCACACGCAUCAACACGGUGGCGGCCAUGUUUUCAGCCCCGCCCCUCCCUGCUGCCAUUGGCUCACAGAAGAAAUUCAGUCGACCGCUGCUGCCAGGCUCCGCCUCCAAGCUGUCACAGGAGGAGCAGGUACAGGCUCAUGAAGCUCGAUUUCGCUCCAUCUCCACUGAGCUUGCACAACUGCGCUCUUAUCCGCCUGACAGAAAGGUGAAAGGUCGUGAACUCGAGGAGUACCGGCUGAGAGAGGAGUAUCUGGAGUUUGAGAAAACGCGCUAUGAGACGUACAGCAUGCUCCUGCGGGCGAAGCAGCGCUGCGGCGACGAUGACCUGUCAGUGUUUGAGGCCAUGCUCCUGGAGGAAGGUGCGCUACAGAGAGCUCAGUCCAGCCCCACGCUUCAGGACAGCAGUAUGACCUGCAGCACCAGAGACGGCGCGAGCCAAAGCAUCGCUGCUGAUGCACAAGAACCAUCUGGAAAUGGAAACAACGGCUGCUCCCGCGGUCAGGGCCAGAGACACAGCUACCGGCAGGCCGUCCGCAAGUGAAGCCACCACCGCCAUCCACAGGAAGCUCGCUGUACUGGAGAGGAAGUGAGGUCUCUCUCUUUCCUGUGUGCGCCCUCCUGCUCUGUGUGCCAUCAGGAAGGGGUGUUGAUUCCGACUGAAUCUGACUCUGUGAUUGGCUGAUGGCUGGGUGAUGUCACAAUACAAGGUGCUAUGGGAUCUGGAUGGGACAACGUGAUUAGGAUUCGGAGGAACGUAAAUAUGAAAUGCAUAACCUUCCUUUGCCUUCUAGUUCUCGGUUUCUUCUGCGAGUUCUUACCUGAAGCCAUUUCAUCGCACACUACCAAGUCAAAUCUGGGCCUAAACGUCUUCAAACCUUUAAAAUAUGAUCGUGUUAGAAGGUCUUCAGUUUUUGCAUUUCUAGAAAUAACUCAUUUGUUUACCAUGCAUAUUAAAAUUCACAAAUUCUGCUCAAAAUGGUCACGAAAAGUAUCAACGCUUGGCAGGGCGACGUCUAGGAUCUGUGUAUUUUGCACGGUGAAACACGAUGCUUGUUAUUUGUCAUAUGGGCGUCUCAUUUUGUCGUGUUUAUGAACGGUAGAUGAGCAGAAAACUGACUAGCCCGUAUGCAACUAGUUAUUUCUUCAUGUUGUUCUAAGCGUUAGCGAUCUGUAUUUGUACAGUAAUGCACAGGGACAUCAUAGUCACUAAAUGCACCAUCCGUUUGCUCUGCAAAACCCCGUUUUGCCCUAAAACGUCUUUUGCACUGAACACUAAAUAUAAUUACACUGCGAAACUCAUUUUCUCAAUCAGUAGUUUGCCUUUUUUCUUAUAAAAAUAUUUAAGCAUCCUUAAAAUUAGAUCUAUAAUUGAGAAACAAAUUUUGUAUAUUGUGUCUUGAAUUAAGUUUUUCUUACCUAAUUUACAGAUUGUAUUUUUCCCUAGUUUUUAAGCACAAACCUCACCAAAUUUUGUAAGAUGUAUGCGUAAAAUAGGAAAAAACUAUUCAGAAAAAAGAUCAACUUAAUUCAAGUUAUAUUCUCUGAAAACAAGUUUCAGUAUGCAAAUGUACAUGUUAAGAAUGUUUAGAUAUUUUUGUUGAAAAUCGAGACACCAAUUUAGUUGAGAAACCAUUUUUGUAUAUUGUCUUGAAUUAUAUCCAUUAACAAAUUUUGCAUAUGUCUUGAAUUAGGUUUUUCUCACCCCAUUGAAAAUAUUUUUUUCUUGU